UCAUUGGCUGAACAACACCCUUAGGCCAACAUGGCGACUGUGGUCGUGUCCUAAGGCACAUGAGGGCCGAAGUUUAUGUAUGGGAUUAGUGUGAGUUGUUAAAUACAUAUUUCUUUCGUGUCCUUACGAAAAAUUAUGGAGGACGAAAAUCCUUAUGAAAGCCUGCCGCCAUCAACUACAAUGACGACACAUAUGAUUGCGGGUGCCGCAGCUGGAGUUAUGGAGCACAGCGUGAUGUACCCAGUGGAUUGCGUAAAGACCAGAAUGCAAGCAUUGGUACCUGAUCCCAGAGCUGACUACCGCAGCUUACUAGAUGCAGCCCAUAAAAUCAUGCGUUAUGAGGGUCUUCGUAGCACUAUGCGAGGAUUCGGGGCAAUGGUAACAGGUGCAGGUCCUGCUCAUGCCAUGUAUUUCGCUUGCUAUGAAGAGGUCAAACACAGACUCAGUAAUGGACAGCAAGGAAAUCAUUUAGCUAAUGGUAUGGCAGGAUGCGCAGCCACUCUUCUUCAUGAUGCUGUCAUGAAUCCUGCUGAUGUGGUGAAGCAACGAAUGCAAAUGUUCAACAGCAGCUAUAGGACGUGUCUGCAUUGUGCUAAUGCAGUCCUCAAGGAAGAAGGUGUGAGAGCAUUUUAUCGCAGCUACACCACACAGCUUUUCAUGAAUGUGCCCUUCCAGAGCAUUCAGUUUGUUGUCUAUGAAGCCAUGCAGGACUUUUUAAACAAAGAUCGGCAUUACGACCCAUUUUCCCACAUGUGCUCUGGAGGAAUGGCAGGGGCUGUGGCUGCAGCAGUUACAAUGCCUCUGGACGUUUGCAAGACUCUUCUGAACACUCAAGAAGCAUGUGCAAGGACUCAUUUGUCAUACAUCAAUGGCAUGGCUGCAGCUUUCAGGACGGUUUACGAGUUUUGUGGCAUACAGGGUUAUUUCCGAGGUCUGCAGGCACGAGUGAUAUACCAGAUGCCUUCCACAGCCAUUUCAUGGUCAGUCUAUGAGUUUUUCAAGUUUGCAAUAACACGACGACAUCAGAGCAAAGAUGAUGGGAGAUACCUGUCCUCGGCAGUUGGCAGCGUUAACGUCAAUGGUGUCAAUGUUCAUGCUGCCACAUCACUCAGGUGAUUUUAGGAACGGAUUAUUUGCCUCUGAAAUUGCAAUCUGAUAAAAUGAUCCAGUUUAAGAAUCAUUGAAAAGAUUGUGAUUAAAAUAACUACUUUUAGUUACAGCAAUAAAUCUUGUGGUCAUUUUAUAUCUUUUAGACUAGACAUACUUUCUCAGCUUUUGAUAAAUAAAGUGGUGCAGAAGAAAAGUAGGGAACAUUCUGACACACUUUUUGUCUAGGAGCAGAACACAUGAAAUGUCAGAAGUGAAAGCAGUUGCCAGUGAUUUAGCUCUGCAUCAAGGGUGGUGUCUUUUGCUAUGUUUUCUUUCCAGUAACCUUUGUGCUUCCGCCUCGUUUUUUCUUCUCAAGCACUGAAUCAAAGGAAGAACAAGUUCUUGGCAUUAUACAGCCUUGUGGUUGACAGCAGAAAAAGCAUGUGCAUAUAUACUAUAUAUGAUUUUUGUUUAUCAGCAGUUUUGAGAAAGAUGGCUCCACAAAAUAUAAUCUUUAGUACUAAGGCCAACAGACUUGUUUAACAAAAGUUUUAAGCUUGUUGCUGAUUGGUUAACAUUUAGAAUAAAUAAAAACUUGAGUAGCAUACUAGGAUAUUGUUUCCAUGUAACAAUGAAUUUAAAUUGACUUAAGCAAAAUCACUAAAACAUAUCUCACAAUGUAGUUCAUCUGCACUCAUGGGGUUUAUGUUAAUUUGAAUUGAAGCAGCUGUUUUCCCUUAACCUGUUUCUUUGAGAAUUAAAUACAGUCUUAUAAAAUGACAUGGUGUAAAAGCAUGUUGCUAAAAGAAAUGCCAUGUCUUACCAGCAGAGCUUGCAUUUCACACAUUUUGGGAAGUUCAGCUUCAAACAUAAGACAUAUGGUGUCACAAGCCUUUUACCUGAUGUGCUUGCGUUUUAAGUCAGCAUCUGCUUAGCAGGAUUAAUUUUAGCAUCAACUAUAAUAGUGCAGGAAUAAGAAUAAGUAGGAGAGUUUCAAUUAUUGAAAAGAGAAAGCAUUGAUUAUCAAGCACACUAUAACAACAGGGGUUUUAAAAGAAACUGAUGGGAAGUUGUUUUUGUAUGUUUGAGGUUUUAUAAUUUUUCUUGAUGACAAGGAAAGCAUAAUUUCUAGAUUUGCUUUAAAAGAAAUUGAAAGAAAAAUCUGUGCCUUUUAGUGUCAGUAUAAAUCUGCCAAAUAAAUGAUAGCAUAAUUUACAUUUCUCAAAAUUAAAAAUGAUUUAGUAUAGAUUAAUAACAAACAUAUAAUAGUAAAAUUCAAAUUUAAACUUCAGGGCUAAAUGAGAUAUGUGCAUAAAUUGUUUUAAGAAUUCACAUGCUUAAAACACUACAUUUUAAGUAAAAUUCUUUCAGGUGUGGAUGUACUGAGACAGCUAACACUUUCUUUUCCUUCUCUGACAAGAAUAAACAUUCAUGUUAUUAAGAGAAGGCAAUGUUAGGAUGUCAAUGCAUAUUUUGUUUGUUUAUAAUGUAUAAAUAAGAAUAAAGUCCUCCAAGGGAUGUAAUGGCAAACAAAAUCUCUCUUCUGUUUACUUCCCCUGGUUAUUCAAAUCAGAGAUGUUCCUUCUGCUAGCUUUAUAAGAUACACUUUGUAUGAGGUUUGAAAAAUAAAUAUAAUUUUAUAUUUUAAAAUAAUAUGAUUUUGUAAUUUUUAAAAGUUCACCAGAAUAUAAGUUAAAGUAUUUUUGACUCUUCAUGAUUGGGGAUACUUGAAUGUGUAUGAAUAUGUCAAUAAAGUAUUAAAAAACUAAGUAAGGAUGCUUUUGUUACCAAUAGUUGGUGUUUUUCUUAUAUGUGUAUAUCCUGUAUUUAAAGGCCAGAGUGAAACCUGCUGGAGUUGUUGAACAUUGAACAGUUGCUGCUGCCGGGGAAGAGGCAGUCCAGUGGGAGCAUGAGAGUCUUUGUCCUUCAUCACUUGUGAGGGAUUGCCAGAGAAACAAGGAGAUAUCUAAGGAUUAUUAUUAUUUAAGUUUUUCCCCCUUGUUGUCUCCUAUUUUUAAGAACAGCACUUUCCCUAAAAUACUUGGAAAUAGGUAUUUGUUUUCAUUCUUCUGUGUGCUUAUCUUUAGUUGCAUUUUUGAUUUGGCUACCAAUCCUUGGUCCCUCCCUUUUUUUUGUGUGUGUUUUUUUAUGCAUUUCUUGUAUUGUCAGCUUUAGAUUUUUUUUUUUCCUGUGGGAAGGAGAGAUUUUGCUUGGUUUUGGAAGAUUAAAAGGCCGAUGCUUUUUAUUUUUUGUAGGUGUUAGGUUUUGUAAUAAUUUUUGUUUCACUGUAUACAGAGUAUGCUAGUGCUUUUAUUUAUGUGUCGUAACAAACCAUGUGGAAAUCUUGGAGUGUGGGAUAAUCAGUAGAUACCUUCAUUUUCCAUUUCAUAGCAAAUAUAGACUCCCUUUUAUCCUUGUAAUGCAGCCUUUUGACUUUAUUGGGUUUUGAUUAAUUGCCUUUUAUUAUUUAUAUCUACACUUCUUCCAUCGUACUGUGUUACAGUUUACUUGUAGCUCCACUUGCUGGGUUUGUGUGGACUACAGUAAUUACUUUAUCGUAGAAUUUCAUCAUUCUCUAACUUUGUGUUCACAUGCUCUUGCUUUGCAUUCCUCAUCCUUUAAAAGACAUUUCACUAGUAACAAUAAAAGAAAUCCCCUUAAAUUUUCAACAUUAUCUAAUUUCUUGUCCAAAGCUUCCAGGAAAUCAUUGACUUUGCAUGUUGACUUUCCAUCUAUGGUUUCAAAAUUUGAGAGAUAUAGAUUAUAACCCCUUCUAUGACUUUGUUGACAGUCCUCUUUAAAGUCCGAUCCUUACCAAUGUUCAUUGGUGUGACCUUUAACUAAGAUGACAUAGAAAAACUUGCUAUUCCUGCCUUAUAGCAGUAUUUUAAAGAAUGAACUUUUUAACGUAAUUUCUCUAAAACUUUUUCUAUCUUAUGCUGAUUUGCUUGCAUUUUAAAGUGAUGUUUUGUCCAAAGUUUACACUUUUGAUUUAACAGUUUUUGUCAUGAUGAUCAGUUUUGAUAUAGUAGAGGCUUUGUGACAUUGACCUUACUUCAUUUUUAACUGAAAUUCCUCCCAAAGGGGUUAUGUAUUGGUCAAAAUCUUAAUCUCAAGUAUCACUUUAUUUUGGGUUUCUAGCAUUCAUAGCCCACUUCAGCGUUUAUUUGUGUUAUCACAAAUCACAGGGAUGAUGGUUUUCGUUUUCUUGCAUUUUGUUUUCUGUCCAGUAAUCUUAAACAGAAAUAGCCAGUAAAGGGUUUUCUAUUGUAACUUGUGCAUAUCUAAUAUGUUGCACCGUUUUCUCCUUAUUAAUUCAGGCAAAGUCAACAAGAGGACUGUUAGUGUAUGCCUGAUGUACAUAGUGUUUAUUGUAUUCUUAAUAGUAUGCAUUCAGUCAGAUAUUUUUUUUAAUGUGUAGACAGUGACAUUAUUCUGAGAUGAUCGAAGAAAAGGUUCAGGACCAUUCUGUUGUCUUUGUCUAGACUUAGCAUCUAUAGCAGUCUAUAACUGUAGUACUGGUGAUGUUGGGGGAAAACACAGUUGAUAUGUAGUCAUUUAAAAAAAAUUUCAAUAUUUUAAAAUUGUUUGGCAUAAUUUUCAAAGCAAUAUUUUGUAGGAGAUUCUGCCUUUGUCUCUCCCAACCCCACUUCUUUGUCUGUUUUCUCUGUGUGUGAAUGAAGCAUGGUAUUAUAAUUAUACUGGCAUAGUUUUCUUGACCUUUCAUAAGAAUCUGUGUCCAGUAUAAUGCGGGGAUUAAUGUAAGAGAGAGGGACAGUAGAAUCAUGUAGGUAUUUGUCACUGUCAAGCAGUAAGGUAUAUUAGUGCCCAGAUGAUAAGUAUAAACAUUAUUUCAUUGUGGUUUUUUUUAUGGUUUUUGGUUUUUUUAAAAGCUUUUUGGACAACAUGCAGACACGUAGGGAAAUAAUCUGGUGCUUUCAUAAUCAGAGAAUUGUCUACAGUUUGUUUUUUUUAUUUAUUGCAGACAGCCAUUAGCAGCAGUCUAAGGGCUUAACAUGAGAUUAAUGUUAAGCCUUUCAUACUUUGUAAGUCUAAAAGUAAAAGUAGCGAAGCUUCCUUCCAUCCCAUAAAUGUUCCUUUUUUUUUUUUUUUUUUUUUUUUUUUUUAAAGAACACAAAGAACAGUGCAUGCCAGUGUUUCCCAUAAAUAUUCCUUGUUUUGUUUUAAGAACACAAUGAACAGACCCUCGAUUAAAAUUGGAAAUUUUACAAAUAUUUCACAGAAAAAAAGUAUGACUUGUAUUUUUUUAAGAAUUAUUUAAGAAUAAUUUGAAAAUUAAUAGUAGUUAAGAAUUAGAUGUAAUCAUCUAUCAUGAUCUCUCAUGUCAACAAACUACUGUAAUUAUUACCAGCAUGCUUUUAUUCUUAUAAACUGUGAUAUUGACAUUAAAUAACAAGCAUUGAUGAAAUAUGUAAACUUCCUUUGGCUUGUUUAUAGCAAAAUAAUUUACGCCGUGAGACCUCUGAUGUGUUUUACUCCAGACACCAAACUCUACAUUUUUGUUAUCUCCCUUAGAUUUUUUUUAUUUUUACAUGAUUAGCUCUCUUUAAUGAUUUGCACACAUUUCUGCAUGAUGGGAAACACUGGUAUGCUGCAUAUUUGAACUAAUCCAAAGUACAGUUUUUUAGAAUGCUUAUUCAGAUUUUGGAGAACUUUUAGUAUUAAUGGGUCAUUGAAUUUAUAUUCAUUUUGUUCUGUAUGUUCAGAUUCCCUAUAGUUUUGUGUCACGUCAUGUAUUUUCUGUAUGCGCAACCUUGCAUUUGACAAGAAACAAAGUGCAACGCUAUGUGAAAAAUGAUGGUAUGUACUAAUCCAAUCCAGAAAUUGAUAUUGAGUGGAAUCUAUAUUUGCUUGGGCAGGUGGUCAGAUGACUGAAAGGACACUCAAUAUUGGCCCAUGUUGAGUGCAUAAGGAAAUUCCUACAUUGAAAUUUUUAAUAUGUACUGUUUCUGUGGUGUUGAUAUUCUUCAUCAUCUUUAAAGAAAAUUAAUUCUGUUUGUUGUUUGAAAAGUUUUUAGGAACAUUCUUCAGUGGGUUAUGGCCAUUUUUAGCCAAAUUAAGCUAUGAUAUGAUGCCAUUAACAAAGUUUGGCAAUUUAUAUUUUUUAAACAUAAUGUAAAAACUUGGUUAGUUGAUGUUUGUCCAGUUAGAAGGGCCUUUAGAGUUAGGUUGGAGAGUAUCUUUAUCAGACAAUCUUGUAUUAAUGUGUGGCUCACAAAAGUAAGCACCUCAUAGUCUAUACAAUUUUAGGGACUAAAAAAGAUGGACCACAGUUGCACUUUAGAAAGUUUUGCCACACACACCUCACAGUGAGUGACAAAUUUAUCUUAUUGAUUUACAGCCCAUAAAAGAUGCCAAAAAAUCAGUAAAAGUGAGUGCCAGUAUACAAUAGCAUUAUUGAUAAAAGGUCCAAAGCCUGAAGUAUUGGUGCUCAACAAUGACCCUAGUUAUGGAUUUGAAGUAAAUCUACUUUGAGAAUAGCCAUAUACCCUGGGCAGUCUGGUGUUACUGUGGUUAGCGCCUGUCACAAAUACAGUGAGGAUUGGCCGUCCCAAGUAUGGUGUUCUUUUUCAUGAAUAUGGCACCUAUUUAUAGGGCCAGUUGCUUUACCAUGAUAUAGUCUUAGUUGCUCGCUCUGCUUAAAACACCAGUUCCUUAUCCCCACCCCAGCCAAAUAUUCUAAUCAGUGUUCAGUCCUGUAGUUGUACUAGAAAUAGGUCAGAGGUAAAGGAACCUUUGAAGUAGACUUUUUAAUAUUGCCACAUAUUUUGCAUAGUAAAUUAGGUUCUAAAGAUGUGUUUUUAUUAGUUUUACUAUUUUUUUAAAAGUUUGUUUUUAUGCUGGAUUUGAGUUGUGAGCAAUUUAUUAUUAUUAUGAUCAUUGUUGAUUGCAGCUUUCCCAGUUUCUCUUGCUUCCAUCGUAAUUGUUAACUCUGGUUAGUAGACUAACUGUGUUACGCUGUGUUAGCUAUUAUUUUUAUACAAAGUGUACAGGGGAAUAAUUGAUGCAUAGAGACAACAGCUGCAUCACGUCAAAGGAAAGACAUUUACGUGGCAGCUGUUUUCUACAGAUGCAUGUUCAGCAGAUUCUUGUGGACAACAGACAGUGGUGUCAUAAUUAUAUCACGAAAAACUGCCAGCACCAUGAUUCCUGGAAUUGAGAAUGUUUUCAUGACAAACCUUUGUAUUUGCCACUCUUGAGUAGCAUUCAGGAGGUGAUGUUUUGUGCGAUACUUUCUUAGAGGAGGCAGCUUCAAGAAGUCAAAGGGAAGCUGAGAAGAUUGUUUCAAGAAGGGAUUUAGUAUUAUGAGAGGUGCAUCAUGAGUUCCCUUGCAUCCAACUCUCUGCAUGUAAUUAAAAUUUUAUAUCGGUCAUGUCAAAUAGAGGACUUUUACAUGACUCCCGGAUGCCGCCGGUAUUGACCUUGCUCGCUUUUUGAAGCAGUGGGGUCAACUCGAAGAACAGUUACUCCUCUUCAAGUCGUGAAGCAGUGGUUCUGAGUAUGUGAUUUUUGUCACAGCUUUAUACAAGUGUUAUAUAUAUAUAUUUUUUUUUUAUUCUCGGUUAAAUAACUGGGCAUUUACAACAGUGAAUCUCAAGCUUGGACUGCCAUAUCGAAAUGAGGACAUUUUAUAUGGUGUGCAUCUUCCAUGCUUGGAGAUCACAGAAGAGUGGCUUGUCUUGUGUUUACACUUUACCGUUCCAGAAUCUCAAGAUUGGACUGCCAUAUCAAAGAGAGGACAUUUAUAUGGUGCCAUUUCUUGAGAAAUUUGGCGCUCGAUUUGUUCUUUAUUUUUAUAUCUCAGUCUUUAAGAGCAGCAGUCAAAAAUACACAUGAAACCAUACCUUGCAUCAUUUUUCUUUUGUUUAUGCAGUUUUGGAGAUCAUUUUUGUUUUUUGUUUUUUUUUUAUAUUCAUUUUGGAAGAUACUAGAUUCAGCCAACGGAAACAAGCUUUUCUUUCAAAAAGUAUAAAAUUUCAUGAAAAUAUCAUUUUACAUUAAUUUUCAACAUACCAGCAGCCACACACCUGUGCUGUGAUGUCAGGCACAUUAGAAUGCUUUGAAUAUUGACAUCUCCAUGCAUGAUCAGGAGAGCCAUCUUUAUCUCAUGGCCCUCAGAUAACAGCGAUUUGUGCAUUUCUGCAGGGGAUCGGGAUGUACAGACUAGGUCAAUCAAGCAGAAAAAGAUUAAAAGUCUUCAGACAACCCCACCCCCUUACACCUAGAGUAUAUAUUUAUUUUUAUUUUUUAUUUUAUUUUUUUUGGCGUUAACUGAUUUUAGAGCAAAAAAAUUCGGGCAACGAGUCUAGUCUCUUCCAGAAGUGUUUUUGCAAGCUGUACAGGUCCUCUCGUAGUCGGGCUAUGGUGGCACAGUCAUGCUGCCGUAUGUCAAGUCAACAAAGAGAAUUUUUACCUGACAUUGCUGCAGCAUGUCAUCACAUUAAAUAAUAAGAUGCUAAUGAC